AGAUCCAAGCCCGGUGUCUGUCUCAGUCCGACAUUAAACCAUGUAACCGAGUGAGUCCGGGGACAGUGGGGCUCCUCGGUGUCACCCGAAAACCAAACAAAACGACAACAAAACAACGCGGCGGCCAUGACUUUUGUGCACGGAGCAUAACCGGACUACAAUACCGACUCAGUGGCGUUGAAGGAAACGACUUAAAGAGCUCCAGCUCCUGCAGACGCUGUCUCAGACGUAAACAUACACCCAGAUGAAAGACUGACCCAGUCCUGUGGACAGGAAGACAACAUGGCCUCCAGCUCACUGCCUGGGACUCCCCCCAGCGGCCUCACAGACAGGAGCGGUAGCUUCUUUAAGCUGAUUGACACAUUUGCGUUGGAGAUCGGGGAGCUGAAGAGAGAGAUGGUCCAGACCUCUCCAGCAGCUGACAAAGAGCCCAUGGAUCUACAAGGGCUCGAGAGUGAAGUGAGUGGUGUUUACCUGCAGUCCACCCACUGUGGCGGGGUGGGAGGUGAAAGGGAUUCUGGGUACGACUCCCUGCGAAGGAGAAUGAGCGUGUUGGACAGGCUGACUCAAACCCACCCAGUGUGGCUACUUCUGGCAAUCAGUGAAGAGGAGGCCAGUCGCAUAUUACUCCAACAGCCACCUGGGGUGUUCCUGGUAAGGAAGUCAGCUGUUCUGCAGAAAAAGGUGUUGUCUAUGCGCCUGGCGGAGGAUGAGUCAGGAACUCCCAUCAGCCACUUCUCUGUCAGAGAAAGCCAGUACACCUUUUCUCUGGAGGAGUCUGGGAUCAGCUUUGCAGAUCUGUUCCGACUGGUGGCUUUCUACUGUAUCAGCAGGGAUGUCCUGCCUUUCGCACUCAAACUCCCAGAGGCCAUUGCAUCUGCUAAGACUCAGAAAGAACUGGAGGAGGUGUCUCAGCUUGGAGCAGGCUUUUGGGACUCUGCCCUCUGCAGUCAGCAUCGCACUUCCCCCCGCCCCUGCCGCCCUCUGAGCCGAACCCUCAGCCCGCAGCGAACUAACAGGAACAGUGAGGUCAAGGGGUCACAGCAGAAACACACCGGGGCUCACUGUGACAGUGCGCCCCCGACCCUAAGGUCCCGCGCCCCUCCACCUUCCUUUCAUCUGCAGGGGAGACAUUCCAGUGGUCCUCUGUGCUUCCUCAACCCCCUGUUUCUCCAGACUCAUCAGCACCACCACCGCUGCGAGGACCGUCCGCCUUCGCGCGUUGUCCAUUCCGAUGACAACCUAGAGGAUGUGGGGAAAUCGUCCGUGAAGCCACUAAGCAGCAGCCAAGGUAGCGAGCAGCCCGUGGAAAAGAUCAAGCUGAACGGCAAAUCACGGCCCCCUCCCCCUCGCCCCCCUCCCCCCCGCUCGAUGCCGCGCCGGCGCCCUGCACCGCCUCCGCCUGGACCCCCAGCAGCAACCACCAGACCCAAGAGCAUGCCAGAGGCCGUUGCUGUGUCUGCAAGACUACAACAGUCUCCCAGCAGGCGCCCAGCACCGGCUCGACCACAAAUGGGCACCAAGCAGAGCAGCCCAUCAAAAACUGCCAGCUUAGCAAUCCCUGUGCCUUCAAACCCGCCACCUCCGAGGCCUAAGAAGCCUGAUCUGGAAGCUCACCGCUGCCACAUUGCCCUGGAUGAUGAGACCAUCGCCAGGGCUCUGUCUCGGGCAAAGCUUCCACCCUGCCAGCCUCCACCUGCUGUCCCCGCCGAUGUACUACUGGAGAAUAACGCUGGGAGUCCGUCCACUCCCAAGGAGAGGGGACGCCAGAGGCUCAGUGACAUGAGCAUGUCUACUUCGUCCUCUGACUCACUGGACUAUUCCCAGUCUCCGGGAUUCUCCCUAGGCCUGGCCCCUAGCCAGUCCAGGCACCUCGAUCAUCAAGACCAAGUGGAGGACAGCAGUGAAGAUGACGAGGAUGGGGAAGAAGACGAGGAAGAAGACUACGGGGUCGGUCUGGAGACGGACCUAGAAAUGCGCCUCCGUCCGUCCUUCAAAGCGCGGAGGCGAAAAGUCGGCGUGAGCCUAAGCGGCGGCUCUUUCAUCCUCCCCAGGGCUUUGAAGGGACGAUUCCGGAAAGUGAGCGGCAUGCUCAGCUCCCUCAUGACCCCGGAGAGACGGGCCGUGAAGAGGAUCGCCGAGCUGUCCAGGGACAAAAGCUCGUAUUUUGGUUCCCUGGUCCAGGACUACAUCAGCUUUGUUCAGGAGAACCGAGGCUGUCACACCUCAGGGAUGGACUUUCUGCAGACUCUCAGGCAGUUUAUGACGCAGAUGAAGGCUUACCUACGGCAGAGCUCUGAACUGGACCCCCCUAUUGAGUCCCUCAUACCUGAGGACCAGAUCGAUCAGGUGCUAGAGAAGGCCAUGCACAAGUGUGUCCUAAAGCCUCUGAAGAGUGUGAUCGAGGUGGCUUUACAUGACUUCCAGGUGAGCAGCGGAGCUCUGCAGCAGCUGAGGGAGAACCUGGCCCUGGCUAAGGCCAAGAGGCCUCAGGAGUUAGGGGUGGACGGAGCUGUGCCUCCCGACCCCGAGGCUAUUGAGAAGAUCCGCCACAAGUUUGUAAACAUGAGGAAGAUGUACUCCCCUGAGAAAAAGGUGUCAUUGCUGCUGCGUGUGUGUAAACUCAUCUACACCAUCAUGCAGGAUAACUCAGGGAGGAUGUACGGUGCAGAUGACUUCCUGCCCAUGCUGACUUAUGUAGUGGCUCAGUGUGACAUGCCUCAGCUGGACACAGAGAUCCACUACAUGAUGGAGCUGCUGGACCCAUCUCUGCUGCAAGGAGAGGGGGGCUACUACCUGACCAGCGCGUACGGAGCCAUGGCCCUCAUCAAGAACUUCCAGGAGGAGCAGGCAGCCCGGGUUCUGAGCUCAGAGGCCAGGAACACUCUGCACCAGUGGCACAAGAGGCGCACCGCCCAGCGUUCAGCGCCCACUGUGGACGACUUUCAGAACUAUCUCCGUGUAGCCCUGCAGGAAUUGGACACAGGCUGCACGGCAAAAACCCUGCUCGUCCAACCUUACACAACCACAGAGGAGGUGUGCUCACUUUGCGCUUACAAGUUCAAGAUCCCAGACCCUGACACUUACGCACUGUUUUUGGUCACUGAGGACACCAGCCAGCAGCUCGCCCCUGACACACAUCCUCAACGCAUCAAAGCAGAGCUCCACAGCCGGCCCCGCGCACAGAUCUUCCACUUUGUCUACAGGAGGGUGCCUAACCUUAACCUCUGUAUCCCCGCCAUCCUGCACAAUGGAAACUGCCUUCAAGUUGAGUAGAACAGGAGAAUGUAACAGCUUGCUGCACUUGAUCCUAAACAGUAGUUAUGUUAUUCUGGGGACGCUUGUCGAUGUUUGUUUUGUAGAUAGAUUUGAGAACAGGAAACCAAGCUGUAUAUUGGCAUAUUGAUGCAGAUAGAAAAUGUAUUUGAUCUAAUUUGAUGCCAAUCUGAUUUAUAAGGCAAUUUAUUUUUAUGAUGACCCACCGAGGGGUAGAAUGGAAUCUGGAAAGUGCCGUGUUUCCCUCAAACACGUCAAGACUGUGACUCACAUUCGAGUUAGAAAGGCUAAGAAUGGUAAGUUGUAUGUUUAGUUUAAGUUAGCAGUGACAAUAAUUUGGAUGAGGCCAUUUGGGUCGUUAGUUUGGUGGCACGGCGACGGAAAUUGUCAGAUUGUGUACAGAGACAGGUUUGCAGGAUUUUUAGUAUGUGAAGUAUCACAUUGAGGUUAAAUGUUUUUCCGAUUGUUGGACAUGUAUGACAUCCUUAAAGUAUAUGGGCUUAUGUCUCUCUAAUGGUCAGACUCGAUGGAAUUGACAGCUUGGCAACAGUCCUGCUCCAUCCUCUCUAUGGACUUUAAAAACUCCCUCUUCCAUUAACAAACAGAGGAAGCUGCCAAGCUGUCACGUCACUUUGAUCAAGAGUGGCCAAUAGAGACGCGUCUUACUCUUUCAGCGUAGGUCCCGCCUACAAGUUUCAGCUCAACAAGAAGCAAAUCUUUUGGAUUUGAAAAAAAGCAGUUUUAGAUCCAAAAGAAUGAGCUGCAUUUUUAAUCAAAAAUGUAUUUUACUUCAAUCAAACAUUUUUUGGAAUAAUUUAUCAUUUUUGAAUGCAGUAAGGGAGUUUUAAUAUAUUCUGUUGGGACGCAUUAUAAAGACAAAAUAACCUCAUAAAAGCAGAUGCAUACAGUCAUCCAGUUUAAUAUUGCAUGUUAACUAACGUUUGCCUAACUGCUGUUCUCCCACGUGCCUUCACAAGGAAUUGAACAUACUGUAUGCUACUGGAAGCUUUCAGUUAGCUUUCAUCAAAAUGACCCAGAUCAUAACUUAAUGUUAAAACGUUGAUUUAAUAAGUAAAUGAACUAUUUUAAAAGUUAUGAUUUUUUUUUAUUGGUCUUAUGUUUAUUUUCUGCAAUUGCUGGUCAAUUGUAGCUUGUAUGCCUGUGUAGAAAUAUUUUUAUAUACAAAUGUUUCAUUUUUCAUCACUAAAGAUUUGUAUUCUGAUUUAAUAUUUCUGUACUGGACUCAAUAGUGGACUUGGAAUUAUGCCAGUUAUUUCUCAAAAGUCAAUUUAAAGCACUGUUUGUAAUGGAAAGCUCAAAGCUGACCGUGGAAAUAAAAUUAUCUCCAAACAA